AUGUCUGCUAAGUCAAUUUUUGAGGCCGACGGCAAAGCCAUCUUGAACUAUCACCUUACACGUGCUCCGGUCAUCAAGCCUUCGACCCUUCCAGUGGCGACGAAGCACAAUCCACCACCGAGAUUGGCCUCGCUGCAUUUUCCCGAAGAUGAAAGCGUUGAGUCGGUCUUGGAUCAGGCCGAAGUCACCUACCCGUGGCUGUUGCAGUCCAGUGCCAAGUUUGUUGCGAAGCCUGACCAACUGAUCAAGAGACGGGGGAAAAGCGGCCUCCUCGCUCUCAAUAAGAACUGGUCCGACGCCCGUGCUUGGAUUGCAGUGCUGGCUGGUAAGGUCCAAAAGGUGGAAAACACUCACGGUGUUUUGCGACACUUCCUUGUUGAGCCGUUUGUUCCCCACCAGCAAAACGAAGAGUACUACAUCAACAUCAACUCUGUCCGCGAUGGAGAUUGGAUACUCUUCACACACGAAGGUGGUGUCGAUGUUGGUGAUGUCGAUGCGAAAGCCGAGAAGCUUCUGAUUCCCGUUGACCUCUCUGACUACCCGUCGAAUGAGGAGAUAGCUUCUACCCUGCUUAAAAACAUUCCCGAAGGCCUGCAUAGUGUCCUGGUCGAUUUCAUCACUCGUUUAUACGCGGUCUAUGUUGACUGCCAAUUCACGUAUCUGGAGAUCAACCCUCUCGUGGUCGUUCCAAACGAGGAUGCUACGUCGGCCGCUGUCCAUUUCUUAGACCUCGCAGCGAAGCUGGACCAGACGGCCGAUUUUGAGUGUGGAGUGAAAUGGGCUAUUGCUCGGUCACCUGCUGCGUUGGGUUUGACCAAUAUCGCGACUCAGAGUGGCGGUGCUGUCAACAUCGAUGCAGGCCCGCCCAUGGAGUUUCCGGCGCCUUUCGGUCGUGAGCUGACAAAGGAGGAGGCAUACAUUGCCGAGUUGGAUGCGAAGACGGGUGCCUCGCUCAAACUGACUGUUCUCAACGCCAAUGGCCGUAUUUGGACUCUGGUGGCCGGUGGUGGUGCGUCGGUUGUGUAUGCAGACGCCAUUGCAUCGGCCGGCUUCGCAGACGAGCUUGCCAACUACGGCGAGUACUCAGGAGCACCAACCGAAUCACAGACUUAUCACUAUGCUCGCACUGUCUUGGAUUUGAUGCUGCGGGCUCCUAUGAACGACAAAGGCAAAGUCCUAUUUAUUGGAGGUGGAAUCGCAAACUUCACAAAUGUGGCAUCAACCUUCAAGGGCGUGAUCAAGGCUUUACGAGACUACGCGAAGGCGCUAAACGAGCACAAUGUUCAAAUUUGGGUGCGUCGUGCGGGACCCAACUACCAGGAAGGUCUAAAGAACAUGAAAGCUGCUACCGAAGAGUUGGGGUUGAACGCAAAGAUUUUCGGUCCCGAAAUGCACGUAUCUGGCAUUGUUCCUCUGGCUCUUAUCCCUGGCAAGUGGGAGGAAGCAAAUGUGGAGGAAUUUAAAGCUUAG